UUUCCUAGCGUUCGUUCGUUCAAAAACUUUUUCAUUUUUCUCUCUCCUCUUCGAGACUCUCUCUCUAAAUUCGCUUAGGCAAUCCACUUUUGUUGGCUUUAGAGAGAGAGAGAGAGAGAGAGAGAGAAUGGCGGUGCCUAGGGUUUUCGUCGGAGUGUUGGCCGUCUUCGCAGUUAUUUUGGCCGUUGUUUCUCCCUCUUCCGCCGCGCAUUCCGUGACUCCUUCUCCUGCUCCUGCUCCUGCUCCUACGAGCGAUGGGACUUCUAUUGACCAGGGUAUUGCUUAUUUAUUGAUGCUGGUGGCACUAGUUCUCACAUAUCUCAUUCACCCCCUGGAUGCUUCUUCCUCCUACAGCUUCUUCUGAGUAUUUUUUUGAGGAUUAAAUUGAAUUUUUAGAGAAUGGGAUGGGGAAAGGAAUUCAAAGUGGGUAAAAUGCUCAGUCAUGGUGGUGUAUCGUGUCAUUUGGUUGGGGAAAUCAAUUCAGUGCCAUUGUUCGCCUUUUCCAAUUUUUUUUAAUGUUUCUUGUAGAUAUAAUGUUUUUGCCUGCAUCAUUUCUGAUUUUGCAGUCUUCUCUUGUCUUGUAAUUCCUUAUCAUUUAAUUUCAGAUCAGGUUUCAUUUGUUGUCCA